AUGAAGGAUUCUCAGGAUUACGAAGAUAAUCGAGACUGUGACCUAUCUCCUGAUUUGUUGAGGAUGGUGGAACAAUAUGAGAAGCAAAUCCUACCUUACAAAGAGUCAAUGGAAAUUGUGAGCCUAGGAGAGGAAAAAAAGGUGAAGAUUGAAGCUUGCAAUGCUGCAGAGACAAAGCGAGACCUCAUUGGGUUACUCCAAGAAUUCAAGGAUGUCUUCGCAUGGUCAUAUCAAGACAUGCCCGGAUUAACUGUAAAAGGGAGUGCAAUAGCUGAUUUUCUGGCCAGUAGAGCUCUAGAAGAUUAUGAUCCCUUGAACUUUAAUUUCCCAAAUGAGGAUCUAAUGUAUGUGGUAACCACUGAAGAAGACUUUCAAAACAGUCAUCCUUGGAAAUUAAACUUCGACGAAGCCUCAAACAUUGUGGGUAACAAAAUUGGGGCAGUCCUGGUAUCCCCAAAAGGAGAUCAUUAUCCAUUCACUAGUAAAUUGGAUUUUGAUUGUACAAAUAACAUGCCGGAGUACGAAGCGUGCAUCAUGGGUAUCCGUGCAGCCAUUGAACGUAAAGUCAAAGUGCUAGAGGUAUAUGGGGAUUCUGCACUAGUGAUUUAUCAGCUCAAAGGUGAAUGGGAGACAAGAGACCCCAAGUUGAUCAAUUAUCGAAAGUUGGUUCUAAAGUUAAUUAAAAAGUUUGAUGACAUCACUUUCUGCUACCUCCCGCGAGAAGAAAAUCAGAUGGCUGACGCCCUAGCCAUUUUAGCUUUCAUGGUCAAUGUGAACAAAUAA